CUUCUCAUUCUCUUAAUAAUAUAGAUAUAAAAAGAUUUAAUUUGCACAAGUAUAUUUAGUAACAUAAUGCAACUAUAAUUAUCAGUUUAAAUCUUUAAUCAUUAAGCAUUUACGAUCUACUGUCUUCUCUUCGGGCGUCUUAUAAUUUUUACCAUACCUACUAUUUAUUUAGUUUGUAUAGCAUGUAAAUAUGUAUGCUUGUAAACGUUUGGUGAAUGACUAAUAUUUUAACACGUAGCGCAACAAAUUCAAACAGCGGUAAUUACAAUUGUAUAUCAUAAGUUUGAGUGGGAUCAACGUUUGGCUGCGGUUAUUUUUUUUACAUCAGCAAAUUUACCUGCUCAAAGCCACCACCUGAAAAACAACACCGCAGAGUUAGGCUCCAGUUGUUACAGUCGGUCCGAGUCUUACAGCUCGUUUUCAAACGCGAGGAUAUAUUUUUAUAUUAACAAUCAAUAGUAUAUAUAUAUAUAAUGUGUGGGUGCAAUGUUAUUUAUUUUUUAAAAUUAUCAACAACUAUUUUAGUUAUUAAUUUUUAUUCUGUACUAAGUGCUUCAAUUACAGCCGUCGAAGGUAAUAUUUGUCAUGCAAUUACUACAGAAAACACAUUAACACAAACAGAACUGCUUAAGGAACUGACAAAUGAUUGUCGUUACGAUAAGAUGGUUAGACCACCCGGUGAAAUCAAUGCAAGUGACCCAAUUCAUGUUGCCUGCAGGGCCAAUAUAUAUACAAUAAAGUCAAAUAUGGCCAAGACACUACAAUUCGACGUCCACAUGAUGCUUCAAUUUCGUUAUCGCGAUUCAAGACUCCGGUACGCCGAGGUAGCCCCGAAAUAUACUCAAAUUUUCGGUGGCCAGUCGGAACAUAAUUUAAUAUGGACACCGACAGUGUUUGUCUCCAACGAAAGGACUUCCGUCAUAAUGGGAAACGGUGUUAAAGAUUUGCUGAUAUCUAUCGAUCCUACCGGCAUGGUCAUCCUUAAUACAAGACUCGAAGCUACCUUGAACUGUGCACUUCACCUGGAAAAAUUUCCCUUCGAUGUACAGGAAUGCCCCCUGAUAUUUGAAAGUUGGACUCACAGCGCCCAAGAUAUGAAAUUAGACUGGGAUGAAUCGCCAAUAGUACUGUCUAAAGAAUUGCAUUUAACAGAGUAUCGACUGGUUGAGAAAUGGGUUAACGAGACUGAGGUCUCUUACACUGCGGCACAGCAACAUUAUGGUCACUUUGCUGGUAACUUUAGUUCUAUCAGCAUUACAUUUAAACUUGCCCGUGAAAUGGGAUUUUUUGUAAUGGACUAUUACAUACCAUCGGUAUUGAUUGUUGUUAUUUCCUGGGUAUCAUUCUGGCUUCAUGUAGACGCUAGUCCACCGAGAAUUGUUCUAGGAACUAAUACAAUAUUGGCAUUCAUGACUUUGGCGUCAAAAAUAGAAAAUUCAUUGCCGAAAGUUUCGUACAUCAAGGCCAGUGAAAUUUGGUUCCUUGGAUGCACUAUUUUUCUUUUUGCUGCAAUGGUUGAAUUUGCAUUCGUCAAUACUAUUUAUCGUCGAAAAAAAAAUGUACCUCUAAAAAAAGUAAACAGCAAAUAUAUUUUAAAAUCAACUUUAACGCCCCGUCUGGCAAGAAAACAAUUUCAAAAGAAUACUACAAAUCUUGAGCGGUCACGAUCAUGGUCUUCUCUCGAUCACAGCCGGCUCAACGGCAGCGAUUUCUCGAGUCAGAAUUAUUUAACAGUACAUAGUUUUCCCAGUACAAUAACCAUACCGGCGGUGAGAAUAGAAGAUGAGCGUGAUUUUUCAAAUGGUAGCGUUAUGACAAUUGAGAGUACGCCAUCGCCUCCACCUAAAUCAUUCACCCGGCGACCGACUCUCGCUAAAUUGCACAAUUUUACAACAAUGACACCCCAACAAAUAGCUCAAUGGAUCGAUCGGCGAAGUAGAAUCGUCUUCCCAGCAGCUUUUCUCAUCUUCAAUAUCCUCUACUGGUCCUUCAUCUGGAUCUAAACUUUCAAUUCCAUCGAAAUUAUUUUUUACAAAUUUAUUAAAAAAAAUAAAAUCAUCCGCGUGUCUUGAAUAAUCAAAAGGAAUUUAUAAUUAU